GCUGUUCUUUUGGUUCUUGUUUGUUUUUCCACCCCGGAUACUGACUGGAAUGCGAAGUUUUUCCAGUGCGUUGUGUUUUCUAAACUUCAGGCCACCAGUCCUAAAACUAUUUUGAAAAGUGUGAAUCGUUACUACAAUGGUAUUGAUGCUAACAGCAGAACAACAGAUGUAUUUAGUGAUGCAUUGGUCAACUGCAAUUCAUUCUUCAGCCCUUAUAAAGCACAGGUACCUCAAUAUGAAGAAAAUAUAGAUUCACAUCAGUCCUACACUGCAUCAGCGUCAACCACUGCUGAUUCUUCCUUGUUCUAUGUUCCUUGGUCAACAUCUGGAGAUGAUUAUAAGCAACUUGCUGCGUCUCAAAACAACCCUAACCGGUCUCAGACUGAACUGAAUGAUUUUGGGAGUGCUGCAGACCUGUAUGGACUUGUUUCCAAUAUUUUAGAAGAACCCGAUCAAUCACAAUCCUUGUUUGUUGAAGGAAAUACCUCCUCUAAUUUGCUAAGAUCAAUAUGGUCUUCCACAACCAGCAAAUAUACAGAACAUCUAGAUCACACAUCUGAGUCUAAGAAACCUGUGGAUACAUCAUAUUCACAAUCUGUUUUUAAUGCGAAAGAAUCCGUAGCAACCUCUGAUAAACAACAGUACCAGCAGGAUAGUCAUUUAGCCUCACAGCAGAAGAUAAAUAUGGAAGAUUUCUUAGGAUUUGAUGACUUGGAUCUUACAGAGCAAUGGAUCUUUCCUUCAAAGAAAGAAGCUGCUGAUUGCAGUCCUUUUCAGUCCACGGAUACCAAUAAGAUAAACUUUCAGGAGUUUCCUUAUGUGAAGAAUUGUUCUAAACUUCAAGUUGGAUUAUCAGUAUCAGUUAGAGAGCCAGGAACAGAUGUACACAUGUAUGGCAGAGAUGGAGGAGAUUUUAAAGAAGUCAAUACUCCAUCCAGUCAGACAUCCACAGAACUGUUUCCUUUUAUGCAUAAUUCCAGAAACUCCUACAACAGUAAUGCUGGCAAUAGAUAUAUGGAGCAACUACAUGGCAGUAAAUUCAGACAGAGCAAAUUUGUGAAUUUUAACAUAGCAGAUGGAAAGACCUCUUCUGAGUGCAUACCAGAAUUACCAGUGAUAGAAAUGGAUACCUGCAGUAGAGUGUCAAAAGGGAAGCAAGUGCAAAAGGGAUUUGAUGAAUUAAACAUUGACCAACAUACUUUAAAAUACUGUGUAAAAUCAUCGUCUGGUUUGAGUGAAAAACAGCUUUCAAAAGAAAUGGGAUUAACUAGUGAUUUGGGGCAAAAGUGCACAUCUGAAUGUGGAAGAAAUCCACAUACAUUUUGCCCGAUUAGAAGUGACUUUGAGAAGGCCUUUGAAAAGCAACAACAUUCCAAUUAUGAUCAUUUCUCACAGCAGUCUGAUUAUGUUCAGCCGUUAAAUGCUUUACCUGUAUCUGUGUAUUCUGGAGAGACUUACCAAAACAGACAAUCCUGGACGAAAUUAACUACUUCUGGUUCUGAAACUACUACCACUACUUCCUUUGGGAAAGCAGACAACUCAACAGACCUCAAUAAUCCAGUAUCUCCUGCCUCUAAAACGUCAUCCCAUUCUUUUGGUCCAGCUUCACAUCAGUCUUCCUUGCCUUUUUCUCAAAACAGUAGUGUUUACUUCCAGAGACCCACAGGAAUUUAUAGUCAGGAUAACCAUUCCAAGGUGUCUGGUAGUGAAUUUGCGUACAAUGUGGAACGGGUUCAGUCAGGUACGCAUGUUGAAGGACAAAACAAAGCUGGAGAUGUGUACUUCGAAUCACCCAUUGAGAAGAAUUGUCAAAAUGGAAAACAAGUAAAUGGAUUCCAUGCAAGUUCAUCAACUCAGCAAUUUGUUGCGAACAAAUAUCCUAGUUACCAGACUAAACAGCAAAAUUGCCAUUAUGAUCUGAAUGAAGAUGUGAAAAAGAAGGAUGAUGAAUUCUCCCAGAGCAUGUACAGAGAUUUGCUAGGUACUCAGUCUUACUAUUAUAAUAAUCACAAUUCCCAACAAGGAGCUGGAGACAGCAACAGUGUAGCAAAUUAUAUGACUCGUUCGUCAGCUUCUUUUUCAAGUCCCUACAUGAUGGGUGACUUUAGACGGAACCAUAAUAUGGCACAACUUGGUGCACGUGGUGUUGCUUCAGGAACUAACCUUCAGUUUGGACACCCUGUUGUUUCAUUAAUGGAUCCCAGUGAAUUAUUUCCUUAUGAGGAGUUCAGUCACUUAUAUCCUCUUUUCAAUGAUAUGUUUUAUGGAGAUGCAUCCCUUUAUGGAUUUAUACCACCAUUUGGAUUUCCAAGACCAAUGAAAAAUCGAAGUGGUCCAGCCAAUGAACUUCACGUCCGAUUGGAGGAGUGCUAUGAACAAUGGAGAGCUUUGGAAAAAGAAAGGAAAAAGACUGAAGCAGCACUUGCCAGGAACUACCCAGGAAAGAGAGUGACCAGUUCAAAUAAUACACCCAUUCCCAGACUACCAUCAAACCCUUCCCGGGUUGAUCGUUUGAUUGUUGAUCAACUGCGUGAACAAGCAAGAGUUGUGACAUUACUUGGAAAAAUGGAACGCCUUCGCAGUUCGCCUCUUCAUGCAAAUAUUUCUACAGCUCUUGAUCGACAUCUGGAAGCCAUCCACAUUACCCAAGCACGUAGGAAAGAUGAAAUAGUAAAUGCAGCUAAUCGACAAAGGCAGGGAGCACCAAGGUACCAGGAUGACCGAGAUGUUCUUGCUUUGGCUAUCGCAGUUAAAGAAAUGGCAAUAGCUACACGGAAAGCCCGGACUGCCUUGUGGUGUGCACUCCAGAUGACUUUACCUAAGACACCAAAUGCCAAUCCAGAUGACCAAGUAGAAGUAGAAAGAGAACUACAGGAUCUAGUAACUAAUGGAGACAAAAACUAUCCAAACAGAAGCAACUAUUAUAGUGGGGAAAAAAAUGAAGUGGUGAAAGCACGUGUUGAUUAAGAACUCCUGAAGGAAAAAAAAAAGCAAAUCUUUAAACUAAAUGAUUCUAUUAUCUUUUGAGUAACUAAUGUGAAUUAGUUAAGUUGCAGUGAUCACAAAUGCAGAUAAACUAAAAAGAAAGCAUUACGGGGAUAAAGACUAAAAUGUAUAGUCUCCCUAGAAAGUAAUUAUAAACAAUGCAGUUUAUGGUCAAGCACGCAUUUGGUUAGUGAAUACAUCUCUGUAUAAUUGAGACAAGUGAUAUAAAGCUUAUUUAAAACUCUCACUACCAUAAUUUAACAAGAUCAUUUUACCUUUUGUUGGUGAAUUGUUCUUGUCAAAUCUUCCUAAUCAGAGUGACUAAAGCUUCUUAGUCAGGAAAUUUUAAUCCAAUGUUUUGUUUUAGUUUCUGUAAAAUGUUUGUUAUUUAUUAUAGGCAAAGUUUAUAGAAGUGGUCAUGGCUUUCCUUGACAGGACCAAAAAGGAAAGGUAACCUCUAUUUGGUGAAAGUGAGCAAUAAAUGCACCAAAAUGCAGUCUUGGAGAGCUUAAAAUCAGUCUUAAUAAAAAAAAAAUUAUCUAAUGCGACAAUGGUAAGUGGAGGUUAAGUAAAUAAAUACUGUAUACUGCAAUUAUCCUGUUAUGUAAAAGGUUAUCAUAGUUUAGAUUUAAUGGUUCUGUUCUUACUUAUAUCACCCUAACCUGAUUAGACCCUCCGUUUAAAUAACUGAAGUUUCAGAUAAUGUGCAAAGGUCACAGACUUUGUAUCAUAUAAUUCAGAGACCUGGAGAUAUUGAUCUAAUAAUAUUGAAGAUAAUUCAUUGAAAACUACCAUUUAUUAAUAGUGCAGUUUUUUUCACAUUUUUAUGUUGCAAAUAAGAGAGUCAGGAGUGAUUAAAGGCAAUAAUUUCAUUUUGGUGUUUAGAUGAUAUCAGAUUGCAAAUACAAUUUAUAACUAAUCUGAUUCCAUUCAUGGAAUUACAGCCUGAGCAUACACUCUGUCAAUAUUUUAAAUUAAUUCUUGGAACACUUCAAUGAGAGUUGAGAUUUUUUUUGCCAACAGUGUUACAUUAUACAAAACAAUAUUUAUAUAGAAUAAUUAAAAACUGUGACAUGGGGUACACACUGGAAAGUACAAGGCAGUCGUUUUGUUAGGAGUUCUUUUUUCCAUCUUCCCCACUGAGAUAUCUCGUUAUGUCACCCUGUCUGCUGAAGCUUCUGUUUUUUACUACAUUACAGUCAGAAGCUCUUCACAAACUCACUAAAGUACAUACUUCAUUUGUGAAUCUAGAUGUAGAGGUUUGGCAGACCAGUUUAUUAUCGGAGCCAUCACAGUACAGUCUGAUUUUGUACCCAUACAGUGUCUAUAUAAACACUUCCCAGAACAGGCCAAUGAUAAUGAUCAGGAGCUGGAACCCUUCCUGAACCUAGGGAAUAAGGGCACCCCAACUGUUGCUAAGACUAGGUCAGCUAAUUCAACACAGAACAGGAACGAAACUAGGAUUUUCUGAUCAGUAAGCUUAAUGCUGAAAAGUGGCUUUGCCAUUAGGCCAUUGGGGGAGCUACGAGUGGAUAAUAUUUAAUAUCACUGUUUGUUGAUGCAUGUUUUAUUUAUACAUUAGUUUAAAAAUCAUUUCAGAUAGUUUCAAUUAUUUUUGUUUGCUUAUGUCUAUGUAACAGGAGGCUACAUGAUGGCAUUUUCUGAUGCAGUUGAAAACCCACAAUUAAUUGUGUUGGUAUAUGCUAUAAUAGAAUAACAGAUUCUGUAAUAAACAAAUACCUACAAACAUAAUUUUAUGAAUUAACUAAUAGCAUUUUAAUAAUGCUAAUCACAGAAAGCAGCAACAAAAGAUUUCAAAGUAAAAGCAAUAGGAAUACAAAGAUCUAUAUGCAAUGGUACAAAACCUCAUAAAAUGAAGUUUACAAGGAACUACAAAUUGUCUACAUCUUUCUAAACUAAAAAUAAUAUCUUUGUUACAAGGAAUACUGCUUCAUUAACAAAAGCUUGACAGAUGCUAUUUAAUAUGGAAAUUACAUUUAAUUAUUAAGGAUAUUUGCAGUGGAUGUUGUACUAGCUAUAGUACGUGCUAUAUUAUUUCAACAAUCUAGAUGUAGUGUGGUGGAAUUUUUUGUAUUAGUGUAUUGUCAGCAUUUGCUAAGUUUGAAGUAAACACUUUCCAAAUGAGCCAUGUUAGCACUAAUUAAAAGAAUAUUAAUUUACUCUGUUGCAGGUAUUUUGUUGAAUAUAUUUAUCUGAUGCAGCUUGUUUAUAAUGUGUAAAAUCUACAAAUGCUAAUGGCUUACUUUCCAUAUUGGGUAGACCUAUGAUACUGUUUAAAGUUUUUGUACUGAAACAGUGAAUUGUUCUGCAUUCCUAGUUUGAAAUCUAGAGGGUGUAAGUCUGAUAUAUGUGCCCGUACAAAUAAGUUUGAUAUUAUGUCAGUGGCAAGUAGAAUAAUAGAUAUUUAGAAACAUUUGCAGAACACUUAAUUCUUGUAACUGAAGUGAAUUACUUCAAACUUGACAGUAUUGUACUUAAUUUAGUGUUGUAUUAUUUGGUAUUCUAAAUUGUCAUCCUCGGAUUCAGUGAUUGAAUAUGUUUGUAAAUGUCUUACAAUCGUUCAUAUUCAUUGAAUGAUUUUCAGACAUUCAAUGUAAAACAAUGAAGAUGUCAGCAACUCAGAUUCAUGUGACAUCUCAAAUUUAAUUGGCUAUAUCCAAUGUAAUUGUCAUUUAGUUAUGCCAUUGAUAUGAUUUACAGUGGAUGUCAUACAAUUUAUAGAUUUCUUCCAAUUUAUCAAAACAAUUUAAUAAAUUUCAUAGAUGUGAUCUUUCUUAAAGGUUAAAACAAUUUCUCUUGAAAUCAGUUUUAAAAUGUAUUGUUUAAUAGUGCAUCUUGAGGUUAUCCGGAAGGCAUUUAAUGCAGUCUUCAAUUAUAUUUAAGCUAGGUCAAGAUAUGUCAAAAUAAAUGUGAUAUAUCAGUAUCUUUAAAUGAUCAUUUGUGUUUUACGAUUACCUUCAGGAACUAGAAUUCUUUGGUCUUUGAGUUUACGAAUUGAAUACUAGUUUAGACUAAUGAAUGAAAGGAACAUAUCUUUGUCAUAUGCUUGAUAAAUUGAUCAGGAAUACAGUGAGAAACCUCCUAGAUGUUAAAAUGUUUUAAGUGAUCAAUGAAAUACUUGGUAAUGUAAUACACAACUGCUUAAAUUGUAAUCUCAUGAGGAGUCAACAGAAAGUUGUGCGUUUAAAAAAGUGUAGUAACUACUUGAAACAAUGUCAUUUAUAAAUGCGAAGAGUUAA